AUGUCCGACUCCCCCGAGUCCGAUGUCUCUAACCCCGUUCACCCUCGACCCGCCAUGUCCUUCCCCUCUUGCAAGUCCGAAUGCAUCGCCGAUGGUCUCGCUACCGUACGUGAUGACGGUGAAAUGCAAUACAAUUCAUCACCCGGAAGCUGGAAUGACCGCCUCCAAUCUGCCGCCAUCGAACAUCUGGUCACCCUCAAGCAGGGCCUGAGGACCUCCGACACCGAGCUGUUCUGGAAACGGCUCAUGGAGGAUAUCACCUCCAUCAGCAAGGCCCACUGGGGGGGUCGACGACCCAACAUCUUCGGUGCUGCAUUCUACUACAACGAUGGCUACCAAAAUGUGGGACUCCAGCGAGACCGGUAUUUCGCCGGCGGGAAUCCUCUGCUGCAUAUGGACCACGAAAGGCCGUGCCUGAUCCCUGAAAACCUCAAAUCCCUGGCUUCCUUUGGAGAUGACCAGUUGCCCUUUGGUGCGGAGGCGUAUCUAGCCAUCCCACUUUUUUCGGCUGGCAAGUGCCGGGCGCACCUGGGCUUAAUGUGGUCCAAAGAAGGACUCAAAAGCCGAAAUCUAUCAUGGUCUUUUCUUGAAGUCGUCUUGCAUUCCCUGGAGGACCUGAUUGUUCAACAUUUGUCCUUGCAAGAAAUCGCCCCCGACCAUGAGAAAUCUGAGACUCCCGAGUUCCACUCUGCGACCGUUCAAGCUUCGCAGAAUGACCACCAACCCAACACCCCCGAUUUUACCUCACAACCCCUCAAACCAUACGCUCGCAGUCUAUCACAUGAGCUGCGAACCCCGAUGCAAGGCGUCGUCGGUAUGUUGGAUGUUAUGCAUGCCACGGUGCGCGAGGCCAUGGAGAGCAAGACUCCCGUGAAGUCCGGUGGCAUCUUUCAAGCCCUCAAGGAAGGCAUUGAGAUGGUCCAAGAUAGUGCCCGGCGUGCUGUUGAAGCGGCCGACAAUGUGGUCCAUGCUUAUGAUCUUAACAUGCAAGUCCCCAAGACACCGCAGCGGGAGCAGGAGAAUGAGAUUUUUAUGGAUCCUAUUCCACCGGUGGACUUGACGGAAAGCCGACCGAGCGUCUUCAUCGAAGGAAAUAACAUCGCUCUGAAUCCGUACAAGCGACGCCGGAGUCUCCCUCUCGACAUGUCCACCCGGCCAGCCCGGAAACAGAGAACGCGAGCAGCAUCUUCGCGGCAAGAGCUCUCACCCCGCAGUGAAGAAGUUAAGAACGCCGUCCACGAGAGCGACCAGAUCGUUCAUGCUACCCCCGCACUUCAGAUAGAAGCGGUUAUGGCCAACAUGGUUGAUCCACAUCCGUCCAUUUCUACCCGACGUUCAGCGCCCCAUCUGCUCCUUGAAGGCAUUAAUGUGAAUAGGAGCUCGGCCUUACGUUUCACCAAGUUGCGAGAUCUUCUACGCCUGGUCAUUAACGAAUCACUUCACGUUGGUGGUCGGCCUGAUUCAGCAGUCAGUCACGCGACCGAGUUUGGCGAGAAAAUUGAGAUUCGGUCUCGAUCCUCGAAUGGCCUGAUCUUUACCAAAACUGUGGAUUGGUCGGUUGACCCCGCGUUACCCGACACCCUUCUUGCAGAUGACCGAGAUCUGGCCAAACUUAUCUCUUGUGUUUUUCUGAAUGCUAUCAAAUUUACAAACAACGGCACAAUUGCUGUGUGUGCGACUGUCGACCAGAAGAAAAAUGAUGUUCUGAUUAGCGUGAGUGAUACUGGUCCUGGGAUUCCAGCUGCAUUUCUGCCCAGUCUCUUCAAACCCUUCGCUCGACAGGAUGCCUCGACCACCCGCAGCAAAGAUGGACUGGGGCUUGGCCUCCUGGUGGCCAAGGGUCUUUCAAGAAAGAUGGGAGGUGAUCUGAUCUGUGUAAGGUCAUCGACAACCGGGCCCAAUCAAGGCUCGGUGUUCCAGAUCCGAAUCCCCGUGAACCAACGCGAGGCCUACAACCGCCCUGGAACACCAAAUGAGAGGAUGAUGACCCCGCCCAUAAUCAAUGAUCACUCUCGACAUGGGAGCGCCAGCAGCUUUGUCUGGGAAGCCCAGUCCUCAUCCUCGAUGUCUCCCUCCGUCAUUCAAAAUCGCCAGCUGCAACAGCCGACCCCAAAUUUCCAACCCGGUCGCAGACAUAUUUCUGGUGACACGUACGACAAUAAGCUAGGAGAGAAGCAUCCCCUACGAUUUCUCGUGGCAGAGGACAAUCGCAUCAACCGACGUGUUUUGGUGAAUAUGCUCCGUAAACUCGGUUAUCGCGAUGUACUUGAGGCCGCGGAUGGCAGGGAGGCUGUUCAAAUCGUUCAAGAUAUCCUCUCUACCUCAGGCUCAGCCCCAAAUCCAGCAGAAACUAGCCCCGUCGAGAUGAAUAUGCCUGCCCCGCCAGUUGCGGUGGAGAUCAAACCGAUCGAUGUAGUGUUGAUGGAUCUUUGGAUGCCCGAAAUGGAUGGUUACGAGGCAACAUCUCGAAUUCUACAGAUGGUAACCGACCACCAUGCCAAAUCUGCUCUCCCUGUCAAUGGACUCCAUCCUGUGACUACCGUCGAGAACCCCGAGACUAUGGAAAUGGAUCCUCCGAUAAGCGCGAUACAUACACCACGGCCUCCCACCGUUCUUGCCGUGAGUGCCGAUGUCACCGAUGAGGCGCUGAACCGUGCUUCGAGAGUGGGAAUCAAAGGCUACAUGACAAAACCAUACAAACUUACCGAUCUUGAAAGGCUCAUCAAAGGAUUCUGUGGUGGUCCAAGUGAUCCUACUGCUGGAACUAGGAAUCCAUUUUGA